AUGGGCAUUAUGGAGCGAAGAGAACAGGAGAAAAAGUCGUGUUUUCAGAUGAAGCACAUUUUGAGGUUCAUGAAUACAGAUCGGUGCUCCACUUGGAUUUAUGGGCCCAAGAUCCGUCUUCCAACAUUGAUUGAUUCCCAGAUCGUAUGUGAUAACCUUUAUGAGCAUGAUGCUUUGGUUUCCACCUGCAAGAGAUUAUUUGGUCUCCUGGGAGCUGCAGAACCUUACAGCUACCCUGGACUGCAAGCUUUCAAAGGGCUUAACAGUUUUCAGCACUCAGGAGUAAUUCCAAAGGUGGCUUUCUCAAUGACCCCCAAUGCCAUCACACUACACAAAAAUAUGCUCACUCCAAAAUUUGAAGUCCAGCAGGAUGAGACCUGUGUAACUGUGAAGAUCUUUGCACCAUAUGCUCAAAUUACAGAUGCAGAAAUCAGUAUUACUGAAGAGGUAUUCACUUUCUAUUCUUCACCAUACUAUUUAAGGCAUGGAGACAAGAAGUUCCAGGUAGAAGGAAUGCUUGGUGAGAGUUUUGCAGUAGGAGCAGAUAUAAGACAGGGAUGCUCACAUUCUCGGGGGAAGUUGGUUGACAGUGAACUUGAGGAAUACUCGGCAAAGUUUGAUGCUGAUGCAGGAGCCUUUAUUAUAACAUGCAAGAAGGAAAUCCCUGGUGAACAUUUUACAAACCUUGAUUUACUUACAAUGCUCCUUGCACCACAGGGAGCAACUGGAGUGAACAGACCAUCAGUUGAAGUUAUUGGUGGUAAUGACUCUGAGAAAGAUGAAGAAGAGGAUUUUGAUUUUACAUGUGAACAGACCUUGCCUGAAGAAAAUAUAGUGACCAUGGGCUACAAGUAUGGCUUUGGGAAUAAUUCAACUGGUGUUUUCUCUGUUCUUCAGAGUGAAUUAAAGGAUGUAGUGGAUAUCAGUGAUCCUGAUAAUAAGUCUGCUCCUCAGCGGAGGGAGGAAAGAAUUACCCAGGAAAUGAGCCUCUUUGAUGAAGAUCACUAUUUAGCUGACUAUUUUGAUGUGGACAUGACACAGCAGUUCACUGAGUUCAUCCCAGAAUUUUACAGUAUAACAAGUGAUGAAGCCCCUGCAACAUACACCCCGCCAGCAUUGUCCAGACGCUGGCACCACCCUCACAAAUAUUCAGUCUCUCUAGUGCCCACACUUGGGCAUUCAGUCGAAUUCUCAGAACAAGAUAAGCAAGACAUGUUGGAGCUGCCUCGUAAAGAGCACCUUUUGGACAAAGGGACCAAAUCCAUGGCUUUUCUUGGAUUAGCUGAUAUACUGUAUGCCUGGUGCUACAACCACAGGAUUACACUGGGAGAAAAUAAUGUUGAAUCAGCAUGGAAUGUUGCAAAACUGAGUUCAACACUCUCUUGGCUUGAUUCAUUCACCAGCUUGAAGGAUGUUGCUGUCAGCAGUAUCCGCAGGUCACUCACAUUCCCACUGGUUAGAAACUGGCUCUUGGCUCAGCAGGUUCUCAAAGACACUGCACACGUGUUAUCAUUAGGAAGGAAAAAAGUUCUAAAAUGUCUUUUUGAAAUCAGAAGAUUUUUUAGUGCCUCAGAACCACGGUACAUUCUCAAUCAGCUUUAUAUCAAUGACUAUUGUGUGUGGCUCCAGAAAGUUAAGGAGAACAAAUUCAUCAGUCUUGGUGACUCCUUGAGGAAGGUAAGGGUCUUAAAGGCAGAUGUGGGCCUUGAUUUGGAUGACUUAGAAACAGCUGCACAUCUUGUACUAAAGGAAGAGGAGGAAACUUUAACACCUGAACAGAAUAUCAACAACAUUGUGACAGACAUGGCAGGGAUGACCAUAAUCGAGAAUGGAGCAGUACUGGGAGUCAGUAGUGAUGAAGCUCUUCUCCAUGAACUCCCAGACAACAACACAGAACAGAGGGAUUUGGUUAAUCUGAGUGAUUCUGAUUCUUCUAGCAGUGACAGUGAUAGUGAAGAAGAAAGUGAUGACACAAGUGAUAGCAGUGACUCCAGUGAUGAUUCCAGUGAUGAUUCUGAUGGAGAAUCAUCAUCAGAUUCUUCAGAUUUAGAUUCUGAUGAUGAUACAUUAUCAGAGAAUGAUGAUAACUGAAGAUCUGUUUUUAUUGUUAAGGCAGAUGUUUGUGGAAUUGCUAUGUUCAUUGUUUCAUUAUAUAAAAUUUUAGAUACAUUUUU